ACCCCAUCUGUCAUCUGCUAUACACACCAACCAUUAUUUAUAAUUAAGUUGUUUUGCAAGAAGUUAAUGGAGAUGUUCAAGUAAUUAGAGCGCAAACUCAUCUGCUAAUUAUAAAGCAAUUGAGAAUGCCAAACUCUAAUAGUAGAACAGCCCCAGAGAAGAAAGUUGAUGAAUCUGUUGGCUAUCAAGAGAUUUACAGUCAGGAGGAGAGUGAACUUGAAAAUGCCAGAGCUGAAAUGGGUGAGGUGAGAGAAGAAAAUGCCAGACUAAAAUUGACCUUACAGCAUAUGGAGAAGGAUUACCAGUCUCUCCAAUGUCGUUUUUUUGACAUCCUUAGACAAGAGGCUUCCAAGAAAGCUACAAAUGUUGAUGUUGGUGUUCAUCGAAUUGAAGAACCCAAUCAGCUCUUGUCUCUUUGCCUCGGAAGAAGUCCAAGGGAGCCCAAACAUGAUGAAACUAAUACCGCCAACUUCAAACUUGUACAAGUUGAUCAUGAAGACUUGAAUGCCAACCUUACUCUUGGAUUAGGUAACUCUAAAUUAAUGGAGUUGCCUAUGGAGCUUGUGCGUAGCCAAAAACCUCAGGAGACUAGUUUGGAAGAGCCCAAGGAUCAUUCAGAAGCUGGAGCUGGAGAAUCUUUGCCUCCAUCAAGUAAAACACCAAAGACAACGAGAAAUGAAGAUGAUGAAGUUCCACAGCAGGCCAAUGCAAAAAGAGCUAGGGUUUCCGUCAGAGUUAGAUGCGAUACCCCAACGAUGAACGAUGGAUGCCAAUGGAGAAAAUAUGGACAGAAGAUUGCAAAAGGAAAUCCAUGCCCACGAGCAUACUACCGCUGCACAGUUGCACCAGCAUGCCCUGUGAGAAAGCAGGUGCAAAGAUGUUAUGAGGAUAUGUCCAUCUUAAUCACCACCUACGAAGGAACACACAACCACCCGCUUCCAUUCACAGCCUCUUCCAUGGCUUCCACCACUGCUGCGGCAGCUUCCAUGCUAUUGUCUGGCUCCUCCACAUCUCAGCCGGGUUUCGGUUCCACAGCCACUCUACUCAAUGGAUCAGAUUUUGGUGUCUUUGAUAGUUCAAGAACAAACCAGCUCUACUUGCCCAAAUCCAACCCUUUGCUCCCCACAAUCACUCUAGACCUCACUGCCUCUCCAUCCUCUUCACCAAUCCAUUUGAAUAGGUUGUCUUCUAGCUUUGCUUCAGCUUGCACAUUCCCUUCAGGCCUCAGCUUUUGUUCCUCAGAGUCCAACAUUUCGCCCAACAGUAGGGGCAAUGGAUACCUUAAAUAUGGCUCACUGCCGUUUGACAAAGGGUCCUUCAAUCUAGAUCAACCUUACGCAGAAAAGAAUCACCAAUCUUCUUCUCAGGUGUCUUUAACAGAAUCUUUAACCAAGGCAAUCACGUCAGACCCUAAUUUCAAAUCAGUAAUUGCCGUAGCACUUUCAUCCAUGGUUGGAGGUGGUGCUGCUACUCAUGGAAACCAAAGCGAAAGAUUAGGACACCACUUGAAGUGGAGUGAAGCUGCUCAUCAGUUUACUUCUCAUAAUCCAUUGAUACAGAACGGGAAAGGAUGCAGCACACCGAGCAUUUUCAACAGAUUGUCAUCUUCAGACUCUCAAAAGUGAAACGUGAUCCACUGUCAUUUCCCUGAUUACAUCUACUUUUGCUAUCAGGGAUACAAGCUUAUAAAUUAUGAUAUCAACCAUUGGAAAUUUUCUUUUGCAGCAGGGCAGUCACUCGUGUUGUGUUGCCAAACUAUCAAUCUUUGACCAUUGAUCAAGUAAACUUUUGUUUAAUUCUAUGGUUCGGAUUGAUAAUAUAGCAAAACAAUACGCCAGACAAAAGAACAUUAUCCUCAGUUAUUGUAAUGAAAAUUUAGAAGUUUAUUUAC